GAAACCAUUCUUGUGCUCCGUCUCAAGAGCCUCAAUGGCCAUCUUCAGCAGAUCCUCUCUUGUGCUGGGUGGGCGUCCGGCACGGCGUGUCUUUUUGAUCUCCUCAUAUUCCUCGUUGUGUUGCCCAACAAACUCUAGAAUCUUGGCCUGGACGGCAGCUUCAUCAAGAGGCUUCAGCUCAUUCUCGCGUGCGGCCUCCAAGAAGAAGCGAGUACGGCGAAUCAGAGGCUUGUCUUGCUUCUUGCGGGCAGCAGCAAGAGCCUUCAGACGGUCAUCACGAAUGACGGCUGUGUGAAGUCGCUUGGCGUUUCUGCUGUUGGCGUGAAGAGCCUCAAUCUUGCCGCCCUUCUUCUUCGCGAUGCGCUUUCUCUCCUUUUCAAAUGUCUUGGCCAUUUUGAAUGAUUGCUGUGUGAGGCGUUGCUGUGUGAGGCGUUGCUGUGUGAUUGUGUUUACUGCUGUCGUUGAGAGGUGCAAGUGUCAGGGAAUUUUUUGAUGGGGCCGAAUAGAUAUUGGUGGGGCUGUCCGCGAUAAGGUUUAAGUGGCUGCAGGACCCCUAACCCUGGUCGUGGAUGCUGGAGGGUCGCAUCGCUCCUUGAUGUGGGAAGAGGGGGCGCAAAGUCAAAAAAGCUAUCCGUAUUGAGAGCAACAUCACAGAGUAAACAUCGCAUUGUUGCUCCUCAGACGAGAGCACACAAUAGACCACCCCAACUAUUGUCUGCCAGUGAAUAAUAUUCUCCUGCGAUGCCCGUGAAUAGCCAAUGCCAGUGACGCAAUUGGACAGACCCCCCGGCUUCCAGAAGGCCCUCAGACCCCGCAUUAAAGUGACAGGCGUGUGGACCGUCGCGGGGAGCAACGUCCCUGCUCAACCGACGCGUCGCGCCUUCCCCCGUUAAUAGUUUAAUUUGCAGCGCCAGCGAGGUCCUGGGAAGGAGCAUCCCAUUGAUCAGCCAGUACCAGAGCAUUGUUGGAAUCCAGCGACUGUUGUUUGGCCUCUCCAAGGGCUCCGUUUUCUAUUCAGCAUCGCCUUUUGGUAUUGUUCAACUUCAGCAAUAGGGCUACAGCACGCGUCACCGCCCUCGGCAACCCACGGGUUUUUCUGCUUUUUCUGCUGCACCUGCUGCAACUGAACCAGGAAGCGCGUCUUUCUUGAUCUCGACUCUUUUUAUCACCACCAACAGUCUCGACUCGAGAUCAACCCUUCAACCGCAAUUCUUCAUGGACAAGAGAUUGUAAAACAACCCACCUGUUUCCUUCACAUCACGGAAACAAUCUCGACAUCUUCGGCCACUGUUCUCAAACCGCCUCGGCCGAUCUCUCCACCAUGGGUAUCCAAGGCCUUUUCCCGCUCCUCAAGUCCAUCCACCGCACCACCGAGCUCAAGAAGUAUGCCGGCGAGACCUUUGGUGUCGAUGGCUACGGCUGGCUCCAUCGCGGUGCCAUUGCCUGUGCCAUUGAACUAGCCCAGGGUAAGCCCACUCGCAAAUAUGUCGACUUCGCCAUGCACCGAGUCAGGAUGUUCAAGUAUUAUGGUGUCACUCCCUAUUUGGUCUUUGACGGCGACUUUCUUCCCAGCAAGGCCAAGACUGAGUCUUCGCGUGAGCAGCGUCGUGAGCAGAGUCUGAAGACUGGCCUCGAGCUCUUGAAAGCCGGCAAACCCUCGAAAGCCCACCUCGAGCUUCAAAAGGCCAUCGACGUCACCCCGGAAAUGGCUCGUCAUCUCAUCGAAGAACUCAAGAAAGCCGGUGUCCCGUACCUUGUCGCCCCCUACGAAGCCGAUGCCCAGCUCGUCUACCUGGAGCGUGAGGGUGUCAUCAGCGGCAUUGUCUCAGAAGAUUCGGAUAUGCUGGUGUUUGGUGCGAAGCGCCUGUUGACCAAGAUGGAUCAGCACGGUCAGUGUGUUGAGAUUCAGAGAAAAGACUUUUGUUUGGUCCGCGAGAUCUCCUUGACCGGUUGGACGGAUGCCGAGUUCCGGCACAUGGCCAUUCUCAGCGGCUGUGACUAUCUGGGCGCUGUUAACAACAUCGGCCUGAAGACAGCUUACCGACUGAUCCGCAAGCACAAGACACCUGAGCGCAUCAUUCAGAUGCUCAAGUUCGAGGGCAAGCACAGGGUUCCCGAGAACUACUUGGAAGAGUUCAAGCAGGCCGAACUCACCUUUUUGCAUCAGAGAGUCUUUUGCCCCAAGAAGAAGGACAUCGUGUUCUUCACCGAGCCCGGACCCGCUCUCAAGGUCGAUGAGAUGCCCUUCAUCGGUGCUCCGGUCGAGACUGAAUUGGCCCGGGCCAUUGCCGCCGGAGACGUCAAUCCCAUCACCAAGAAGCGGAUCGUCCUCCCGUCGUCCUCUCGCACCUCGCCGCCGUCCCCUGGUAAGAGAAGGAUCAGUCAGACCAUGGCUCCGGUCACUGUGCCAACGAGAAAUCCUGGCAAGCCGCCCGGCAAACCGAUCAACGAGUACUUUGCGAAGCACAAGCGGAUUCCCUUGGGCGAGAUGGACGCCAAUUGUUUCACUAACAACAGCCAGAACAAUUCGCCCAGCAACUCCCCUCGUCCGAUCGUCUUUCCUCUUCCGCGCCCAUACAUUGCGGGCGUGGAGGAGGCGACCCGCCCAUCUCGCCGGUAUAUCAAUCUCGAGGCUGCCCUGAGCGGAGAACGCCGUCGGAGAAGCGAGCCUGUCUCGAACCUCCUGGCGACGUACGAGACCUCAUCGAACCGCCGCAGGACCACUGGCCCGGUUGUCGACAUCUUUCAGGACGGCACCCCGUCGACAUCGACUACGAGGCCCCCCAAGAAAGCGCGCUUGUGUGAUGACGACCCUCCCACUUUGACUGACAACAACACCCCUGUGAAGAGCAGGUUUUUCACAUCUACCGAGGGAGCCGACUAUAUUCGGUCGGACGAUUCGGUCGAGGAGGCUUUCCGCAGCAUCUGCAACCAAGAGAUUGUGACCAGCACCCGCAUCGUUCACGGCUUGCCUUCGCCCGCGCCCAGCAUGCUUUCCGCAUCCAUGGACACGCCUUCUAGCAUCGUGGGUACGCCUUCCACUGUCAUGAGCACACCCUCUAGUUCCAUGAGCAAGCCCUCGGGUCUCAUGAACCGGUCUUGCAACAUGAUGAACACACCUUCCAGCUCGAAGAGCAGCACAUCCAGCAGCUCUCAGACCCCUAUUUUGACGCCUCUCCAGCGUUUGGGUUUCCAGGCUUUGCAGCGCGGGAAGCCCCGGGUCGUCUCUUCUUCGGUUCUCCAACCCACCAGGCUCUCGACGUAUUCCAAGAGAUCGAGCUCGCUUUCGGUCAACCCCGCCUCGAUUCCUCUGCCUCGUGCUGAUUUGGCCGAGAUUGAGGCCCUGAGCCAGCCUGUUGGCAGCGAAGAUUUGAUUUUGCCCUCUAGUGAUGGGGAGCUCGAGCAGGAUGAGGAGGAGGGUACCAAGUAUUCCAAUGUUUCCAACAGCGGUUUGGAUUUGUCGCGGUUCAAGUACACCUGAACUGUACGAGUUAUGAAGCUAUCUGUGCACAGCGCUGGCGUUUGGGGGUUUGGCUCUCCCAGUUUUUAUUUUGAAGGCGGAGGGGGUGGGGGGAUGGUUUUUGGGUCGGGACAAGAAAGUAAGGCUAGGGUUGUCAUGACAUCGGAACAAAACAUGGCCAGGCGUUGAAGGGCACGAAGUAAAGUAUUUCUUAAACAAGGUUAAAGACUAUGGGUAAAAGGGCGUUUGUAGUCAGCAUCAGCAUACACAUGUAUGGCGUUCAUAUAGUUUUAGUUUUUGGUUUUUUCUUGCGGUUUGGUCUUAGAGAGGCAGCAGGGGAGUGUGGUCAAAGUGUAAGAGAUAGGUGAAUAUCAAAGAAAACAUCCAAAAAAUA